GUUAACCUUACGAACUUUGGAUUCUCAUCGGUCAGAGCUCUCUCAGCCUCCGCCACCUCUCUCUCUAUCGAUCGAUCUCGAUCUCUCUUGCCACCUCUCUCUCUCUCUCUCUCUCUCUCUCUCGAUCGAUCUCAGAUUCGAUCUGGAUCUUGAUUGCCACCUCUCUCUCUCUCAGCCUCCGCCGCUCUCUCUCUCUCUCUCUCUUGCAGGCUUACGACUUUGGAUACUCACUUGGAUACUGUCAGACUCUCAACCUCUCUCUGCCUCCAUCGCCGCUCUCUCGAUCUCAGGGUAAAAAGGACCAGGUUUACGUGAGUACCGACUCUGUCUUUAGAAGGAAGAUAACGCCAAUGGCCCGGAGAAUGGCUGCUUUCGCAUUUGCUUCUGCCUCAGGCUUGGUUCAGACACAUCCCCUGGGGAGAGGCAUUCUGAACAAUUUCUGGCAUUGUUCCUCUGUUUUAAGUUGUCCGAGAUCGGCUUUUUCCGGUGUUAGAGACUGCAGUAUGUCUUGGAGAGACAGAUUGAGAUGUGGGUUUCACGAUUGUCAUGCCGAGGAUGCCGUUCAUUUGUUCGACCAGAUGGUUCAGUCUCGUCCCUUACCUUCCAUCGUUGAUUUCACUAAACUUUUGAGUGCAGUCAUGGAAAUGAAACGGUACGACGUUGUGAUUUCCCUAUGCAAGAGAAUGGAAUUGCUUGGGGUUUCACAUGAUAUCUACUCCUACAGUGUUCUGAUAAAUUGUUUCUGCCAUUCUCGUCAAGUGUUAUUGGGUUUCUCAGUUGUGGGGAAAAUCUUGAAACUCGGUUACGAGCCUAAUGUAGUCACCUACAAUACUCUAGCUCAUGGAUUCUGUAUCCAGGGCAAUAUCUCCGCUGCGUUAAGCUUGGUUGACCAAAUGUUGAAAGAUGGAUACAAACCUAAUGUUGUAACAUUUAACACUUUGGUCAACGGACUUUGCGUUGAGAAUAGAGUUCCUGAAGCAUUGAUUUUACUUGACCAGAUGCUAAAGAUGGAUUGUCAGCCCGAUGGAGUUACAUUCGGCAUUGUUAUAAAUAGAGUCUACAAGGCAGGGGAUUUUGGGUUGGCCAUGGAUCUGGUCACGAAGAUGGAAAAAAUGCGUAUUGAGAUCGAUGUCAGAAUUUAUAAUAUAAUUAUUGAUCUUCUUUGCAAAGCUGGACACAUGGACGAUGCAUUGAACCUUUUCGAAGUGAUGGAUAAGGUCGGCAUUGUACCAGAUGUUGUUAUCUACACCUCUUUGAUAAACAACUUUUCCAGAUUUGGUAGAUGGGACGAUGUUGCCCGAUUGUUGAGUGAGAUGGUGAAAAGGAAAAUCACCCCUAAUGUUGUCACGUUCAAUGGAUUAAUCGACGCACUCCUUAAAGAGGGAAGGUUUCUAGAGGCUGAAGAAUUGUACGAGGAGAUGAUCCAAAGAGGUUUAGUUCCGAACACUAUUACUUAUACUUCACUGAUCAAUGGUUUUUGCCUGCAGAAUCGGCUUGGUGAAGCAAAACAAAUAUUCAAUUAUAUGAUCACCAAGGGAUGCUUUCCAAAUACAGUGACUUUUAAUUCUAUGAUAAACGGAUAUUGCAAGGCUAAUAGGGUCAAAGAGGGUAUAAAUCUCUUUAAUGAGAUGUCUCGAAGAGGAUUGGAUGUCGAUUCAUUUACCUACAACAUCCUCAUCCAAGGGUUUUAUCGAGUAGGUAAUCUUGAUGCUGCCCAAAAGCUUUUCCGGGAGAUGCAUUAUAAAGAUCAUCAUCCUAAUCUUGUAACUUACAGCAUUUUGCUUGAUGGUCUUUGUAAGAACGGAAAAACGGAUGAGGCACUUGGUCUAUAUAAUAAGCUGCAAAAGAGUGGGAUUGACCUCCAUAUAUCUUCCCAUAAUAUCAUGAUGCAUGGUUUGUGCAAGGUUGGGAGUGUUGACGAGGCAUUUGUAUUCUUUGAUAGGCUUCUUGAGAAAGGGGUGAGGCCGGAUGUUAUCACGUAUAAUAUAAUGAUCUCCGGACUUUGCGGAAAAGGUUCACUCUAUGAAGUCGAAAAGAUAAUUGGGAAGAUGAAAGAGGAUGGUUGUUUUCCUGAUGCUGGUACAUAUAACGCAUUGAUAAGGGGUCGUCUCAAAAGUAGCUCUCCAUCGGUGGUUAUCGAGCUGAUAAAAGAAAUGCAGAGCAAUGGGUUUUCUAUGCAUGCAUCGACCUCAAGUAUGAUAACAUAUAUGGUAUCUGAAGGCAGGUUGCAAAAGGGGUUUUUGGAUCUCCUCUCUUAGUUUGAUGAACAUUUGUUGAAUUCGCUCAGUGUUCCAUUCACGUCUCCUUGCACAUCGUGGGCAUUAGCCUCACCUUCACUUUCUACCUUGUUAUCACGGAGGGCAGUUCUCAUAGUGGUGGUGCUAAUGUUGUCAGCUCUAGAUGUUCCAAUGCCGCCGAAAAGUAAAUGGAAGUAAUGGGAUGGGACAACCUAGUAAUCCAGAGGGGGAUGUCUCUGCUCGUAAGAAGGCAGAUGUUUUAAGUGAUUGCAUGUGGCAUGACCAAACACAGAAGCAUGCUUCCACUUCCGAUGAAAGACAUGACGGCAAAGAAGCUAUCUCUAGUGAACGUAUUCACAAUUCAAAUGCAUCCCCUGGGAACGGAUUAUCAGACCAAAACAAUGGGAGACCGAGCAUCGGAUACGUGGCAGGGCUUAGCAAUACUAACCGCAGGCCUAGUGGUGUAGCCGGCGAAACUGAGACAGAAUUGAAGAAUAUCGAUGGGAAUUCACCGAAAACAGAGGCCGGUGUUAAGCAAGUAUUGACAGGGGCGAGGAAUCAAAGAAGCGAUGAAGGAUUGGGUGGACAGCUGAAGGUUGAAAGAGAAGAGGGUGAGCUUUCUCCUAAUGGAGAUUUCGAGGAAGACCAUUUUUUCAGUGUUUGUGGGAAGUGGUUUGGAGGCAACCGACAAGGUUAAUGACAAUGGCGGAAAAAACGUAAACCGAAAGAGUAGUGGAGAAGAGGAAGCAUGUCAAGGCCAUGGGGAGAAUGAAGCUGAUGAUGAUGAAAGCGCUCCAAGAUCAUCAGAGGAAAGCGGAAACGCAUCAGAUAGAAGGGAUUCAGCUCGACGAGAAGAGAGGAAUUCGGUCCUAUCCACAUGUUUAUUAACCGGAUUUGAUUGGAUCGUUUUGCUGUUUAUACGCAUUUGGAAUCUGAUGCAUUCAUAUAUAUUUUUUGCAUUGUGCUUUCUUGUUGGUGCUGCCAAUGUAUUUAUCAAUCAUGGGGCAAGCUCCAGUAUCUUGUUAAAUGGUAUCAGUUCUCAUGUAUUCCACGUCAUAUCAUGUAAUCUACUAUCAUUUCUUUCUUUCUUUCUU